AUGAACAUCUCGGAAAUGAGUUUGGUGGCCACCCCAGGGAGGGCGAGCACGUUCCUCAUCCGGUCCAUGGCCUUUAUGUUUACUUAUUUUGGGGCAGUAUGCUUGGGAUACUUUGUGGCGGCAGCGGCAUUCGGCGGAGUUCUGUGGAUAUCACACCCGGUGUCCAUCGUGAUAGAGUGUCUCGCAGCAAUCGAGACGCUGUGGUAUUUAUUGUGGUUCCUCCCGUAUAGGGAGCGCCUACAAAGUCGAACAAACGGGGCAAUGCUGCAGCCGCCACCGCUCACGCGGGAAGAAAGGGCCGCCUUCUUCUCGAAGUGCCUUUCCCUGGUGCCCGACAUGGAGACUUUUAUCCGCAAGUGGUGCCGGAACGCUCACCUGGAUGAUGUACGGCGAGACAACGUCAAGGACUGGCUGCUCUGGGGACUCUUUGACCGCGAAGGCCCGCCCGGUGACGACGACGAGGAGCUGGAGCACUACAUCAUGCAGGCCGAGGCCAAGCUGGGCUGGGAGAUCAAGAAGGGCAGGGGAGAAUGCGAGGCCAUCAAGAUCAGCUUUGACGAAGUGAUUAUGGACCACCGCAGUUUGUUUUACUACACCAUGAUAGGGGCGGUGGAUCUCAUCACCACCGUCGGCCUGUACAUGCUCGGCUUUAGCUUCUACCGGACCAAGAUGUCCAAUUUUUUCAGGAUCUUCCCGUUCAGACCUCUGGGACUGCUGGCCUGGAACGAAUCAGCCGCUCGCGACCACAUGAGCUACUUUUGCCGCCCGCACAAAUCCAAGACCCAGCGACCCAUCCUCUUUAUCCACGGCGUCGGCGCCGGCCUUUUCCCUUACCUUAAUUACUUCCGCACGAUCCCGCGCGACGUGGGCGUGGUCGCCAUCGAGCUCCUCCCCAUCUCCUCCCGCAUCAGCCCGCCGCUCCCGAGCGCGUCCGAGAUGACCAUGUCCAUCGCCGCGAUCCUGGAGCAGCAGGGGCCGGCGUUCAACGACGUGGUGCUGGUGGCCAACAGCUACGGGACGUUCCUGACGACGCCGCUGCUGCUCUCGCCGCACGUCGCGCCCAAGAUCAGCUCGCUCGUCCUCGUCGACCCCGUCGCCUUCCUGCUGCACCUCCCCGACGUCGCCUAUAACUUCACCCGCCGCGUACCCAAGCGCUUCAUGGCCAACCACUGGGAGAUGCAUAUGGUGGCUCGUGACCCCAACCUCGCCCACACCCUCGGCCGCCGUCUGUCGUGGCGCGACCACAUCCUCUGGCGCGAGCUGCUGCUGCACUCGUCUCCCGUGCAGGGGGGCGGUGGCGGCGGCGGCGGCGGUUCGGGAGAGGCGCCAGUGUCGGGGGCCGAGGCGGGCACGCGUCCCGCGGCGACGAGCGGGCGGCGCACGACCGUCAUCAUCGGCGAGAAGGACUGCAUCGUCAACGCGGCCGCGGUGGCGAGCUACGUCGAGUACGACACGGCCGAGGCCACCCCGAUGGACCUUGCGACGUUUGCCGCGUCGGAGAAGUGGUGGAACGGGUCCCGUCCCAUCGAGCUCGUCUGGCUGCCCGGUGAGGACCACGGCAGCGCCUUCCUCAAGCCGUCCAAGAUCCCCACAGUCGUCAGGGUGGUCAGCAGGUACUGCAACAAGGACUUUGGGUUCGUGGAGCGGGAGCUCAAGGACAGCAGUCGGCUCGGCACGAGCCAUACCGAGGUGCACGACGACGACUACGACAUUGAGGAGCAGCGAGGGGACAAGCCGGGCUCGUCGGGUGAGACCAUGUGUUGA